AUGUCCACAAGUCCUCACCGCCACGGUCCUGAAGACACCUCUGAUAUUCCUUCUGCGCACGAACAAUGUGAGCAAAUGCGUCGUGAGAGUGAAGAGUUGUGUUUCCUAAGGCAACUCAAGCCCGCGCAUACGAAAGCAGUAGCAGCACUGAAGCUGGCCACCGACAAUUACGGCAAGAACUCGCUUCAACUCGUCCCAUUUUACCUCGUGCUAGUCGAAAUUUCGCUGCGAGAGAGGCAACUCAAACCUGCCGAGGAAGUGCUCUCUUUAGUGAAUUGGCUACUGGUCAAAGAUCGUAAAGUCGGUGUCGACAACUCGACAAUACAAACUGGUGCUGGGGCUUCUGAACCGGAAUUACCAGAAGAGACGAAGAAUCUGCUUGUGAUUCGAAUGAAUAAACUCUACAGUCUGUUGCAUCUUGAGUACGGCGCCUUCUCUGAAGGUCUUCAACGUGCAGCUCAUGGCGCCUACCACUGCUCUCUACUCUUUGGCCCCGAUCAUCUGUACACGUCGGAGCUUUACGUCUGUCUUGGCCUGAUCUUCCACCGCAUGCAACGUGCAGCUGUCAGACAACAGCAAGCGCAGCCUCAACAAGAGUCUCAACAGCAACAACGUGAGCUACAGCAACGUAAUCAGCAAAACGACAGUGCACUUGCCAUGCUGGACAAAGUCGUGGAUAUCUGGUAUCGGUUCCUAACUAAUCCGCCUGAAGACACGGCUGCUUGGAUGCUGGAACAUCGACGUCUGCGUGUCCAAGAAGCCAGCUCCAUGCUUCAACAGAUUGUCAGUAUCCGCCAGAAUCUGCUGGGUUCCAAGCAUGUCGCUACUGGCGAAGUGCAGUACACUUUGGGAUUGCUGUUCCUCUUCCUAGGGGACCACAUACAGGCGAAGGCUUUCGUGAAACAGGCUCUAGAUAUCUACAUCAACGCACUGGGACCUGAGCAUCCAUCGACCGUGGACGUAAUCGGCGUACUGCAUCAGCUGGACGAAGCUGGAGUUUAG